AUGGACGCCGGCGUUUACCGGUGCCGCCACAGCCGGAGCCUCGAGGGCGGCCAGUCGGCGCUGCCCAGCUCGCUGCUCUUCGCGGCGGGGCUGCUGGGCAACGUGCUGGCGCUGGGGCUGCUGUGGCACCACCAGCUGCGCGCCCGGCUGCAGCGCGGCGGCGGCGGCGGCGGCGGCGGCGGCCGGCCCCGCGCCUCCGCCUUCUACCUGCUGGUGAGCGCCUUGGCCGCCACCGACCUGCUGGGCAAGUGCUUGGUGAGCCCCAUGGUGUUCGCCGCGUACGCGCGCAACCGCAGCCUCAGCGAGCUCUGGCCGGCGCGCCCCGGCCAGCUGUGCCAAGCCUUCGCCUUCCUCAUGGCCUUCUUCGGCCUGGCGCCCACCGCGCUGCUGCUGGCCAUGGCGCUGGAAUGCUGGCUCUCGCUGGGCCACCCGUACUUCUACGAGCGCCACGCCAGCCGGCGCCUGGGCGCGCUGCUGACCGGCGCGGCGGCCGCCCUGUGCGCCCUCUUCUGCGCGCUGCCGCUGCUGGGCUUCGGCGCCAACGUGCAGUACUGCCCGGGCACGUGGUGCUUCAUCCGCAUGGCCGGCGGCGCCGGGCGGCCCUACUCGGUGCUCUACGCCAGCCUGCUGGGCGUGCUGGUGCUGGCCGUCGGCCUCUGCAACCUGGGCAGCAUGAGGAGCCUCUACCGCAUGGCGCGCCGCCAGCCGCCGCGCAGGAGCCGCCUGGCUGCCGGAGGGCCGGCCGCCGCCGCCGCCGCACCGCCCGGGCUGCAGGGCGCGCGGCGCAUGGAGGAGCUGGGCCAGCUCGUCCUGCUGGCGCUCAUGACCGUCCUCUUCACCGUCUGCUCCCUGCCCGUGAUCAUCCGUGCUUACAUCGGAGCAUUUGCCCCAGAUUCCGAUGACGACGCAGACCUCAGAGCGCUCCGGUUCUUUUCCGUCAACUCAAUCGUGGACCCCUGGGUCUUCAUCAUUUUCCGGACGUCUGUCUUCCGCACUUUCCUCCGUCGGGUGUCAAGAAGGCUGAGUUCACAGAAAGCCCCACAUUCUCAACUCCUGGAAACUUGGCAGCGGAAGGGUUCUGGACCCCUACAAUGAGGAAUUUCCUUCCCCUGAUGAACUGGAGCUGAGGUGACGCAGCUGGACUCCUUUCCUGUGAAAUGGCAUGACUUGACGGAGCCUAGGAAAAGGCCCAAAUGUCGCAAGCCAGGGUUUCUCAGGGUUGAAGGAGGAGC